CUUUUAAAAUAUUCAUCAAGAUUUCCAGAACGUCCAGGAAACCUCACCCUGCCCCGCUUCAAGCACAUGCUUUUCUAAGCUUCAUCUGUGCUUACAUCAUAUUUUUUAUUGACUGUCUCACGUUGUUCCCAGAUGUAGUUAACAUUUUCCUUCUUGGCUUAGCCGGUCAUGCAUAGCAAGAUGCUGAGGACACGGUCUUGUGGCUUUAGCAGCCUCUGAAUCCGGUAAGCCCAACCCCGCAGCCCAUGAAUGAUCUGUUAGGUCCUCAGACGCUCAGACCAAGAGAUGGACAUGUGUUUGACUGCCGACAAACAGAUUAGUUACAGGAAAUUGUGAAUCAGCACAGGCAGAGCUGCCAGGAAUUCCUUAUGAAGGAGAAUCUUUAUGAAUUGGUCCAUUAUGUAGACUCUUUAUUAAAAGCAAAGAAGAGGAUUUAACGAUCGAAAGCAAUGUUAGUUGAGAAUGAACAGUUCAUGGUUCAUGUUUACAAGAGCUCUGAAAGCACUGUUUGCUCAGUGAGAGAGGUGAGAUGGAAAGUAAAUCUUGAGCGAGCUCUGACAUGCUGAUGAAGUGUGGACACACCCUGGUGUUAUUCAGGACAGAAAAUGGAGGACAGCUGCAUGUGUUCUGGACCAGGCAGGAGAAACAGUGGUUGCUAACGGCACGUCACCUCCGGCCAGUUUUGUUGCAUAAUAAGAAACCCAAGCAUAGUUUAAGACUCUGGAGGAAGUAGACUGCCAAUUCAAGCAACGGCGCUGCAGCUGAACUGCUGCUUAGGAAUUUUUGUGAGUGUCUAGCUCAUAAAAUCCAAACCUUCAGGUUUGAAGUUGCCCAAGAAAGCCGAUAAAAAGAUGUGACCUGACAGACCAUGUUGGCCAUGUUUCUCUGGACAAUGUUGUUCUUUCAGCCAUCUGAGACGACGGCUCAAUCUGUCCCUUGAAACCAUGGCACUGCUCGAAGUGGGCCGCACCACAGACUGUCAGAGGACUGAGCCCGGUUUAUUGUCCUCUCUACAUCUCGCAUUGGCUAACUAACCAUCACAGUGGCGCUCCUGUUCACGCAUCACUGAAACGUAUUGGUCUCAAAGGAAUCCAGAUGAUCCUGUGCAGUCCGAUGAGUUUUGCAGUGCUGUGCUGCAUACUGUGGCUCGCUGCGCCUGCCUUCCUGCGCUCUGAAUUCAAGGUGGCCUACGUGACCGAGCGCAGCGUGUACAUGUGCCCGUGUGCCCAGGAUCUGGCCUUCUGUGAGAUGAACUCCAGCGAGUUCAGCAACUGCAAGGAUCAAUCAUCUGUCCUGCACAGGGCCGAGAGUCCCAGCCCGGUUCACAAAAAGCGUCUGACGGUGUGGUACAGCUCGCCUCUUAACGUGGCCCUCAUGCUGAACAACUCUGAGGUGCGGCACCUGUCGCUGAUCCAGUGCAAGCCCGCGGCCGAGCAGCCCGUCCCAUUUGAGUACUUCACAGUGCAGCGCUUGGAGACUCUAACGGUCAGCUAUCCCUUCUUGAAGCCUGGACAGAGCUAUGACAUUAUCGUAGGCAAGGACAGGGACGCCCCCUACCACGAGGAGGUGAGAAUCGCUGUCAUUCAUUCCUCUGUGCUGACCGGGAAAACAGAGCUGAAGUCGUACACAGUCCAAACCGAAAUGAUGUCCUUCCCGAACAUUUUUAUGUCUCGCAACGGGCUUUCGGAAAUGUCCAGGAUAUUUGUCACUUUUCUGUACUGAGAGGUGUUUUUUUUCCACAAAUUUAAAAGCUUCAUUGUAGUCACUAUAACACAAAUAGCUGUUGUGCAUAAUUAAUAAUGGAUAUACUUAAUGCAUACAAUUACAUUUAUAGAAAUACUUAUUGCAUACAUUGAAAUCAAACAUCAUCAUAAUACUAAACAAGAACAAGUCCGUUCUCUGAGGUUUGUAAUGUGGGCUUUGCACAUGCGCUGCUGUUUUACUGAGGAUUUCAUUCUCUUAAGAUGUUUUGUAUUUACAAUAAAUAAAAUAGGAUAAUAUUGAUUUUUUUUAAAUGUAUUUAUAUAAAUAAAAAAUGGCAAAGAAUUGUGUGAUGCUGUUGUUAAGAUUCUACCGCCCUGCAGAAUCUGAUCCCGCUUAGACCCAAAAGUAGUCAUUUGUAAUGCCUGUUCAAAAACAACCCAUACUCAUAUUAAAAAAAAAUAAGCAAAAGCAAAAGCAAACGUGAGAUAAGAACGCAUUUGCUGCAGCAAACAGGCCAUUUUAGCUUGUCUCUACAUGUAUUUUACUUGUAUCUAAGCAUUCCGCAUCACAAGUGCAUUGCUGCACCAGGUGAGCUACCGAGCAAAUUUAAUAGAUCAGAAAACCACACAUACGGAACUGGUCCUGCAAUCAUUUGUGUGAAAAGGAAUAAAAGUUGUUGGUGUU